CAGAUACAGCAAGCGGCAUCAUUUUGUCGGGGAAAAAAACGAAACAAGCCUAGUCAUGGAGUUCAUUAGAAAGAACCAUUUCUAUGCCAUUGACACAUGGUUAAACUCUGCAGUGGAUAAACUAUUUGGAGAGAGAGAUCCGAGAACACGAGGUUGGCUGCUACUGGACUCCUGCACACCCACUCUGGUCCUUACUUUCAUCUACCUCCUGAUAGUCUACUUGGGACCAAAGUACAUGAAGAACAAGAUGGCUUACACUCUGAAGAAUGUAUUGCUAUUGUACAACUUUGGUGUCACCAUGCUGUCCUUCUACAUGUUGGUGGAGCUUAUUUCAGCAACCUGGUCGGCAGGCUACAACCUAAAAUGUCAAGGGCUGUUUGAUGGCGGGGAGGGUGACAUCAGGGUAGCAAAAGUGUUGUGGUGGUACUACUUCUCUAAGCUGAUUGAGUUUCUUGACACCAUCUUCUUCAUACUAAGAAAGAAGAACAAUCAGAUCACCUUUUUGCAUGUGUAUCACCAUGCCUCCAUGUUUAACAUCUGGUGGUGUGUUCUUAACUGGAUCCCCUGUGGACAGAGUUUCUUUGGACCCACACUGAAUAGCUUCAUCCAUGUGCUGAUGUAUUCAUACUACAGCUUGUCCAUCAUUCCGUCCAUGCAAAAGUACUUGUGGUGGAAACGCUAUCUCACACAAGCCCAGCUGGUUCAGUUUAUAUUAACUAUCACACACACAUUAAGUGCAGUGGUUUUCCCAUGUGGUUUUCCUUUGGGCUGCCUGUUCUUUCAAUCCAGCUAUAUGGUUACACUUGUUAUCUUGUUCAUCAACUUUUACAUGCAGACAUACAGAAACAAGCCAGCCAGAGAUGACGAAGCUAGGGAGAUGACAAGAAACCACAUAAACGGCAUCUCGUCCUGGGUGAAUGGAGCUAAACAUAAGCUGCAGUGA